AUGGAACUGAGACCAGUGGUGAAGUUUACAGAACAUCUAGUCACUACAAGCAAGCUCAUCGAUCACCGGCAUCCCACAAAGCUCCGGCAUAAGGCCGUGAGGAUCAUACUCACCGACGGUGACGCCACUGACUCCGGCGAUGAUGAAGGUUCCGGAAGAAUAUUUGUCCGUAGAGUCAAAAGACACGUUGAAGAGGUCAACUUUAAGUCAGAUGUACCGAAGCAACGCAGAACAGCGAAACAAUCAGAAUUCCCCAUUUUUCGUCAAGAUCUAAGUACAGCCAUGGGUGACGAGGAAAAUCAAAACGAAGUUAAGGAGGUUAAGGAGGAGGCAGGAGAUAUUGCUCCUUUUGACCCUACAAAGAAGAAGAAAAAGAAGAAGGUUGUGAUUCAAGAUCCUGCAGAAGAUGAGGCUGUUGAUAAUCUGGCUGAGAAAACUGAGAGCCUGUCUGUUUCUGAUGGUCCUGAAACGUCAUUUGCUGGUCUGAAAAAGAAGAAGAAGAAACCAGUUCAUACUGAUCUUCUAAGUGAUGAGAAAGAGAAUUUAGGGGAUGAUUUGGAUGAUAUUGGAGAGGAUGAAGAGGGAGAGGGGAUUGUUCUUCAACAAUAUCCAUGGGAAGGAAGUGAUAGGGAUUAUGAGUACGAGGAACUUCUAGGAAGAGUGUUCAACAUCCUCCGUGAAAAUAAUCCUGAGCUUGCUGGAGAUCGGCGUAGGACUGUUAUGAGGCCGCCUCAAGUUCUUCGUGAAGGCACAAAGAAAACUGUUUUUGUUAAUUUCAUGGAUCUUUGCAAAACGAUGCACAGGCAACCCGAGCAUGUUAUGACUUUCCUGCUGGCUGAGAUGGGAACUAGUGGAUCACUUGAUGGUCAACAAAGAUUGGUAGUCAAAGGGAGAUUCGCACCCAAGAACUUUGAGGGAAUCCUGCGGCGCUAUAUCAAUGAUUAUGUCAUUUGCAAUGGCUGCAAAAGUCCGGAUACUGUCCUUUCAAAGGAAAACCGUCUCUUUUUUCUCAGAUGCGAGAAGUGCGGUUCUGGGCGAUCUGUUGCUCCAAUUAAGGCUGGAUUUCGUGCUCAAGUUGGUCGUCGUAAAGCUGGAACAUGA